AUGCUUGUUUACUCAUCAAGGUACCAUGGCGACGGACAAGGAAGAAGGAUCCAGCGGUGUUGGGAGGCCUUGCUAGAUCAGAUCAAGAAGAUGAUGGCGGAGAGUUUGAUCGGAGAGAACAGAUCAAACAAGGCAAGAAGGAAGGAGACUAGGAAUCCAAUACAUAUUUCCGAUGGAGACAAGAGGAAUGAUCCCAUGGCAUCUCAUGGUCUCGGUGACGAUCAGGCCCAUGCCUACUACGGCAGCGAUGAGGAUUCCACCGUUUCAUGGCCGAAACAAUCCGACGAGUACAUGGAUUGGGAAAAGAAGUGCGAGUUCAACUUUAACUUGCACAACAUCAUUGGAGACAACCGUGUCAAGCUAGCCGUCUCGGAGUUCAACGAUUAUGCGUUGAGAUGGUGGGAACAAAUCAUUUUGGCUCGCGAGAUUGGUGGUGCCUUUGAGGUUACUACUUGGGAAGAAAUGAAGCGCAUCAUGAGGCAGCGAUUUGUCCCUGGCCAUUACCAACGUGAGCUACACUCUAAGCUCAGGAAGCUUACUCAGGGUUCCAAGUCUGUGGAAGAAUAUUACCAAGAGAUGGAGGUAAUGCUCUUGCGCGCCAAUGUGGUUGAAGAUCGCGAGGCCACUAUGUCUCGAUUCCUUGGAGGCUUGAACCGUGAGAUACAAGAUAUUGUGGAGAUGCAAAAUUGUGUGGGCUUGAAUCCAUGUUCCACAAGGCAGUCUUGGCCGAGACACAAUUGA